GUUUUUUCCAGAAUUUUUUUUUAUAGGGAUAAGUGGAUGAAAUAAUAAUUGUCGGUUGUCACGGACUCACGGGGUGGCACGUUGCGCCACUACAAUUUUUGGAUAUAUGCCACAAUAAGCUGGUGAUACCCGAAAUAAAAAAGAUAGUCUUUAAUCAUUAAUUCGGUUAUACCAUCUGGUAUCCUUAUACAUCGAACAAUAUAACUUUCAGAAUAUUUAUAUGUUUAAAGUAUUUUAUAAUUUCCAACCUUUUUUUUUCCUAAUUCCUUUCCUUCAUCAAUUAAUUAAUUACAAAUUUUUUCUUGAAUAUAUCAUAUCGAAAAAUGAUGAAUUCAUUAAAAUUCAUAAUAUCUUUGAUUUUUUUUGUCGUAAUAAUAAUUUUUCCUAAUAAAACUAUUUCAAUAAAAUGUUUUAAUC